UAACUUCCUUUUUGUAGUGAGAGUGCAACAUCAACAGACCACUGAUUGCUUAAAGAACAAUGGAUUACGGUGGCUACGAUGACGGGAACUUCACAGACUAUAACUUCACCCUGAUUGACCUUGAUGAGUUUUUGAUUCCUAGAAUUCAACCAAUCCAGAUAGCAGCUCUGGUCUUCUAUGGCCUGGUGGUGGUGCUGGGUGUCCCGGGAAAUGCUCUGGUGGUGUGGGUGACAGGGUUCUGCAUGAACCGCUCUGUUACAUCGCUCUGGUUCCUGAACCUGGCCCUAGCUGAUCUCCUGUGCUGCCUCUCCAUCCCCCUCCUCAUGGUCCCUCUGGCGCAUGAUGACGACUGGCACUUUGGCCCGCUGGCUUGCACGCUGGUCAAAGGCCUGUUCUACCUGGUAAUGUAUUGCAGCGUCCUACAACUGGUUCUGAUCAGCAUGGAUCGCUUGAUGCUGGUCAACAGACCCGUCUGGUGCCAGAACAACAGGCGACCUCGCAUGGCCGUCUUUGGGUGCAUCGCCGUGUGGAUCCUGGCUCUGAUUGGGAGCAUCCCCCAGUUUGUUUACGCCCGCGAGAUCCACGCAGGUGAAAUCAAGCGAGAGUGCCUGAUUGCCUAUACUCAGCAGAGUGUUUGGCCCGUCACCUCUUUCCGUUUCCUCAUGGGAUUCAUCUUUCCUUUCCUGGUGAUCGUGGUGUGCCAUGUAGUGGUGUACAGCAGGGCAGAGAGGGGGCUGUCCCGAGGUCGCACCAGGUCCAAGCGCACACUGAGGGUCAUCAUCGGUGUGGUGCUCAGCUUCUUCCUGUGCUGGCUCCCUCUUCACAUCGUGGACUUCCUCAUACUGACCACCCCUCGACAUUCCCCUCACAGCCCCAAACUUUAUCUGGCACAUGUCAUGGCGCUGUGCCUGGCCUAUUUCAACAGCUGCCUCAACCCCCUGCUGUACGUAUGUUUGGGCAGAGGCUUCAAGGACAGCAUGAACCGCUCCCUGCGCAAUAUCCUGCACUUUGUCAGCGAGGACCCGAUGACCAAGAUGAGCGUCACUAACACAGACACCAAAAGUACCAGCAAUGGGAAGGAGAUGACUAAAAUCUGACCGUCAUCAGAUACAUAAUUGUGUUUUGCAGCAAGGACUGUAAUUGAGGAGUAAAUCCACUGAGCUUAGACAUAACCCUGAGAUUUUGCCAUAAAGUAAAUGUUUAGACUUGAUUAUGUGACACACAUGUUGGCAAAAUGAAGUCUGUAUUAAGCUGGACACACCAACACUGCUGUUUUUAUUAGCUAGAAGGAUUUUUUCUGUGUAACCAGGGAGGCCACCGGAUUGCAAAUCGGGAACUAUUGCUCAAUGUUUCUGUGAAUAUUCAUUUCUCAUGCAACACUUGACACUUCUGUUUUUUCCAUGGUCUCAGAGUGUUUGGGGUUGUUUUUGUUGUUACGCAAGAGAAAAAGUCUGACUUUUGGAAUGUUUUUAAAUCAAGAUUAUUAAUAUUAUAUAGAAUGGAAUAGAAUACUUUAUUGAUCCCCCCAUUGGGAGAAACUAACAUGCCACAGUAGCAUCCAAAAAUAUAGAAAGUACAAGAAAAUAACAAUAAUUAAGUCAUAUGUGUUCCCAGUGUCUGCACACAGCAGGACCAAGGCCCCACUGUCUCUGGUUGGGCAGUCCAUAUAGUGGCUGAAUGUGGGGAGAGUGGUAGAGAGCGAUGUGUGAUUAUAGUCUCUUGAGACAACGAUCAGAGACUGAGGGUGUGAUGUUUGCAGCUGGGACACCAAACUAUGGAUGAGUUCACAGACUGCAGCAGCAUCAGCCGAGGGGGGGGAUGUAAAAUGCAAUCGGCAGGAUAUGUGAAAACUCCUUUGACAGGUAAAAAGGCUGCAAUGUUAUUAGUUAUUCAAAUAUUUAGUUCUUGCAAUAUACACAGAUUUGGUGAUCUAAUGCAACAGUCAGUAUACCCUAGUGACACCACAAAAACACACAUUUAUGUUCUCAAUUACACCAGUUCUUUCCAUACACCACAAGAGGGAGACACUCUCUAGAUAGCUGAUGCUCAGUGGCUCUAAAGAUGGUGGGCACCUUGGUUGAGACUCAUGGUUUCAGUGUGACAGCGAAAGACAGAGGAUAGAGACAAAAGAAAACAUUUCAUGCAUGUAUGUUUGUCAAAUACUUAAUUUGCGUUCAUGCACUCUGUUA